GCGGGUGCCGAGCAACUCGUGCUGUGCGCCUGGAUGCCUCCAGACUGAGGGAGGUAGAGCCUGCCGCGAUAAAACAAUGGGAAGUGCCAUUCUUUGGUGGAGCAGCUUAUCUGUCAGACUGAUGUCUGCCUGCUUGCUGUGUGCAUCUGUUGGAAAGCCAUGUCAGAUCCGAAAUGAAAUGGCUGACUGCAGUCACCUAAAGCUGACUCAAAUUCCUUCUGAUCUCCCAGACAAUAUAACGGGUUUGGACAUUUCUCAUAAUCAGCUAAAACAGCUAGGUCCUGCAAACCUGACCAAGUAUAGCCAACUGGUUUACUUGAAUGCAGGCUAUAACAGUAUCUCUAAACUGCAACCAGAAUUGUGCCAAAAUGUGCCCCUGUUGCAGAUUCUGAAGUUAGAACACAAUGAAUUGUAUAAGCUCCCUGACAGAGUCUUUGCUUCCUGCACCAACCUGACUGAGCUCAAUCUAGGAUACAACAGAAUAGAUAUAAAAAAUGAUCCUUUCAAACCCCUGGAGAACUUGGAUAUUUUGGACCUAUCUCGUAAUUUUUUGAAGUCAGCAAAUUUAGGAUUGGAGAAACAGUUGAAGAACCUUCAUGAGCUUGUGUUAGAUAGCAAUCAAAUCACUGAGUUAAAAAAGGAGGACUUCAGUUUUCUUAGCAACACCUCAUUGAAUAGUCUUGAUUUGUCAUCAAAUCCACUGAAAGAGUUUCACACAGGAUGUUUCCAUGCAAUUGGAAAUCUCUUUGGUCUUGUACUGAACAAUGUUGAACUUGGUGAAAACUGCACAAAGAAAGUUUGUACAGAAUUAUCAAACACAGCAAUUCAGAACCUCUCACUGAGCCACGUGAAGCUUUCACACAUUGGCAAGUCAACUUUCCAGGGACUGCAAGGAACAAACCUCACCAUUUUAAACCUUUCCCAAAAUUCUCUGUCUGUGAUAGAAGAUGACUCAUUUCAGUGGCUUUCAAGUUUACAAUACUUAAACCUGAAGCAUAAUAACAUUCAUGUAUCUUCACGUUUAUUUUAUGGAUUAUCCAACCUCAAACAUCUGAAUCUGAUAAAUUCACUUACUGGGAAAAUAGAAGACUUUUCCUUUCAUUGGUUAUACCACCUGGAGUACCUUAUAAUGGAUAAUAACAAUUUUCCAGGAAUUACUGAUAAUAUGUUCACAGGUCUGAAGAACCUGAGAUACCUGAGUCUCUGUAACUGCAACAUAAAUCUACAAAGACUAACUAAUAGAACAUUUUCAUCACUUGCUAAUUCCAGUUUGCAGGUUCUCAACCUCACAAAAACAAGAAUCUCUACAAUAGAAAGUGGGGCAUUUUCCUCCUUGGGACAGCUGAACAUUCUUGAUCUUGGUCUCAAUGAAAUUAGUCAGGUGCUCACAGGUCAUGAGUUUAAAGGUCUCGAUAAUAUACAAGAUAUUUAUCUUUCCUAUAAUAAAAACUUGUCCUUGCAAAGUGAAUCAUUCAUUUUUGUCCCAAGCCUUAGAAAACUGAUGCUGAGGAAGGUAGGUUGCAGUGAUUUGGCACUGUCUCCUUCGCCUUUCCAUCCUCUACAAAAUCUGACUGUCCUCGAUGUCAGCAACAACAACAUAGCAAACAUAAAAGAAGACUUGUUUAAUGGACUUCAUAAACUUGAUAUUCUGGAUCUGCAGCACAAUAAUUUAGCCCGACUUUGGAAGCAUGCAAAUCCAGGUGGCCCUGUUCUUUUUUUAAAAGAUCUUCCCAACUUGCGUAUUCUCAAUUUAAAAUCAAAUGGGCUUGAUGAGAUUCCAGUUCAGGUUUUCAAGGGUCUGUUUCAAUUAAAAAACUUGGAUUUAGGUUCGAAUAAUUUGAAUUUGCUUCCAGCAACUCUGUUUGAUGACCAAGUCUCUCUGAAUUCAUUGAACCUUCAGAAAAAUCUGAUAACCGCAGUUGAAGAAAAAGUGUUUGGCCCAGCUUUCAAGAGCUUAAGAAUACUAGAGAUGGAUUCCAAUCCAUUUGAUUGCACCUGUGAAAGCAUUGCUUGGUUUGCUGAUUGGCUUAAUGUGACCCAAGCAUAUGUACCUGGAUUGCUGUCCCAGUACGUUUGCAACACCCCACCUAAAUAUCAUGGUAGUCUGGUGUUGCAUUUUGAUAGCUCAGCCUGCAAAGACAGUGCUCCGUUUAAACUUCUGUUUAUGAUCACUAACAGUAUUGUGAUGCUAUUCAUUUUUAUCGUUCUUAUCAUACAUUUUGAAGGCUGGAGAAUAGCCUUCUACUGCAAUAUUUUAGUAAAUCGAAUACUUGGUUUUAAAGAACUUGACAGACAACAGGAAGAGUUUGAUUAUGAUGCUUACGUUAUUCAUGCAAGACAGGACAAGAACUGGGUGUCUAAGAAUUUUAUCUCUCUGGAAAAAAAUAACCACUUUCAAAUUAGGUUUUGUUUAGAAGAACGGGACUUUGAAGCAGGCAUAUCUGAAUUUGAAGCCACAAUUAACAGUAUAAAAAUGAGCAGGAAGAUUAUUUUUAUUGUGACUGAACACCUCUUACAGGACCCCUGGUGCAAAAAUUUUAAGGUGUAUCAUGCUCUUCAGCAAGCUAUUGAACAAAGUCGGGACUCCAUCAUACUGAUCUUUCUUCAUGAUAUUCAAGAUUACAGGUUGUAUCAUGCACUUCACCUGAGAAGAGGAAUGUUCAGAUCUCGCUGCAUCUUGAACUGGCCAGCCCAGAAAGAACGAGUCAGUGCAUUUCAUCAGCAAUUAGUAAUGGCACUUAAAUCUAAUAGUAAAGCACACUGAAUUUUGAAACUACGAAUUUGGAUUGUGGGGUCAUUUUAUUGCAGAUUUCCUAUCACUGAAAAACUGACAAGCCUUCAG